AUGCCCCCAUGGCUCGAGCGACCGCCGCUGUUCAACAAGCGGUUGUCAUCCCUGUGCAAGAAAGAACUACAGAGCCUGGCAUCACACCUGGGGCUCGACCAAGACGGCACGGUUGCUGCUCUCAAGGCCAGAGCACGGCAAACCCUUCUAGGCGACAUCAGAUUCUACAUGCAGCACCCCGACUACAGAGCCCUGUUUACGAGACAGGAACUCGCCGACAUAAUCGAAGAGGCGUCGAACUCUUCGGGCUCCCCAUUCCACGGCAUCACACAGGGGGCGGAAGCGGCUCGGGACGAGAACCAACCAGAUGAAGGGGAUGAGCAGGUGGAUCCGGAGCAGGAGAAUCGGGUCCGGGAUGAGUCGUCAAGUCGAGAGGAGGAAGACGACGAGGAGGAUGCUCAGCCCCCUCCACCGUCAGACGACUUGGACGACCAUAUGGUCGUCGACGACUCCCUGCCGAGUUGCAUAUGCAACAAGGUGGCUCGACUCCCCCGACCCCACCCAUGUCCCCAACCCCUUCUGGGCGCGGCGACCUCACCCCUCAAAGGCACGGUUCGAUGCACCAGGCCGGGAGGGGCGCCAGCGGUUCAGGGCCGGAACCCGAUGGGCAACCGGCCAGGCAUCACCACCGGAAGCGGACUCGCGAGCGUUCACCCCCCAGGAGGCGCCGCUCUCACCGCACGUCCCCAGAGAGGAAGAGAAGACGACGCGACUCUUCUCCCGGGUCAUACGACCGAGCGCAGAGCGAUGAGGAAGAGGGCUCGAGAUCCCGCCCUAGGAGACGACACGCCCGGUCCCCGUCAUCCUCAAGUAGUCUUCGAGGAGCCCAUCGUCAGGGUCCUCAUCGUCCACCCAUCGGUCGAGGACGACGCACGCACGUCGCCACGCCCCGCGCAGAAGUCACUCGCGGAAUCGGCGCUCGAGGUCAGAGCGGCACAUACACCGUGGCUCGACUCCCCCGACCCCACCCCAUGUCCCCAACCCCUUCUGGGCGCGGCGACCUCACCCCUCAAAGGCACGGUUCGAUGCACCAGGCCGGGAGGGGCGCCAGCGGUUCAGGGCCGGAACCCGAUGGGCAACCGGCCAGGCAUCACCACCGGAAGCGGACUCGCGAGCGUUCACCCCCCAGGAGGCGCCGCUCUCACCGCACGUCCCCAGAGAGGAAGAGAAGACGACGCGACUCUUCUCCCGGGUCAUACGACCGAGCGCAGAGCGAUGAGGAAGAGGGCUCGAGAUCCCGCCCUAGGAGACGACACGCCCGGUCCCCGUCAUCCUCAAGUAGUCUUCGAGGAGCCCAUCGUCAGGGUCCUCAUCGUCCACCCAUCGGUCGAGGACGACGCACGCACGUCGCCACGCCCCGCGCAGAAGUCACUCGCGGAAUCGGCGCUCGAGGCGAAAGCCGACUGCUAUUCGAUCCCCGACCCCAUCCGGAAAAAGUUCCAGGAAGGGUGGACGACACACAUCCCACUCAAUUAUCUCACCGACAAGGCCGUCGCGGAAUACGGCUGCGACACGUCGUCCCUCCUCACGGACAUGUACGCAGUCGACCCCGCAAGAGGCCUCAUCCAAGCCGAGAAGGUUCUCCCGUCGGCGGGAGAACUGAAGCUGUCGUUCGGAGAGUGGCACCAGGCUUGGAAGCGUUUGCUCCAGCUGAUCAAGGCUUACUUCCCCCGCGAUUACGAGCGGUGGAAGAAGCAUUUCCGGCGCAUAUGCUGCACGGACGGGGCCACGUCUGAAAACUGGACCCUUUGGCUCGCGUACGACGCGGAGGUCCGCCGCCGGUGUCAUCUAGAGGGUAUAGACCCCGGGACUUUCCACAAGAACAUCUGGAACAAGGUGGAGCCCGCGCAUAUCAAAGCUCAGGUCAUGGCGUCCUUGCAGCCCUUUCGGGCCCAAACCGCAUCACGGAGCUCCGGCGCCAGACCCGAACAAUCAUCCAGGCACGCGUCCGGGCGGGCCCAGCUCUCCUCCCCGAAACCCAUCGACUCGAAGUGUUUUUUCUGCGGCGGAAAGGGCCAUAAAGCCUCGGCCUGCAAGGCCGACAGGCUCAUCAACGGACAGCCGGUCAGGCUCACCCGCGGCGAGGACCGUUCGGUCAAGGAUGACAAGGGCCGCCAGUAUUGCUUCUAUUUCAACAUGGCCGGCGGAUGCACGAAGAAAGACGCCGGACCCUGCGCCAAAGGAGACCACCGUUGCACUCUCUGCGGGGGUACGAACCACGGAGCGCAAUUGUGCACCGUCGUGUGCUGA